AUGCCCAUUCUGGGAGACCUUGACGGUCACCGCACCGACAUUGUAGAUGACCUUAAAUCCAAUCUUUUCAUUGUGGACUCGUUGCAGACGCUCAUUGAGGGAAAUCUUUUGUCUCCGCAGGGAUUCACGAAGAUACUCGCGGCCCAAAAAACUGGCAAACUGGGAAAUAAGAUUUAUUCGCACAUCCAAGAGAUUGUGACAAAGAGCCAGUCUGCUCUUCGCCAAGUUUCCGCAGAAUAUGAAUCAGCGCAGAUCUCAGACCAUCCGAGCUAUGUCACAUUCUUAGACGGUGGUAUCUUCCUCGCUGCUUCGAACGAGGAGAGGGCCGCAGAUUGCGUUGCAGAGGAGGACGAUCACGAGCUCAAGAUCCACGACAGCAUCCUCGCGGGGGAACUCAAUAAGAAGAACAAUCCAAAGGCCUUCUUUGAUAAUGUUAAGAAGGCGAUAGGUGCCGCCACUAGCACACUUUACAAUGAUCCUUGUCGUAGACACGUCUAUGCGAUGACACUCCAAGGCAAGCAACUGCCCAUGUGGUACUUCUGUCGCUCUCACAUCGCCAUCUCGCUCCCAUUCAACAUCCACAAAGCGCAAGACGACUUCCUUCUGUUCCUCUUGUUCCUCAUUUCAGCAACCAAAGAAGAACCUGGAUUCGAUCCUACCGUCGUUCGCGUCAUCCGACGCACGGGGACGGUCUUUCGCUACAAGGUUGGCGACGUCUACUAUGAGACUGUCGGCGAUCCGCUCAAUCAAGACGCGGCAUAUCAUAUAUCCUCACGAUCAACUUGUGUUUGGAAGGUACGAAAGGUUAUUCUGGACGGCGCGGGCUGGCGCGAGGAUGAGAGGGACAAGGAACUACAUGUUUUGAGAGACGUCUGGCUCUAUCAUGGGUCGACAAUGGAGAAAGAUAAUCAGGACCAAAUCUUCGGCAAGUUCGACGAGGGAACUCGAGAGAAAGCCAGGCCGCACUUCCUCACUAUCCUCCAAGAUGUUGAGGUGUCUUUCAAAACGAAUGAUGUUGAACGAAAAGACAUUACUCCACUUGCGACUGGUCUGUCGUUCGCCAUCCUUGACUAUCAAGGCGCUUCCAAAAUAUCUUUCCAACCUUCUCGUGAAGCACCCAAGGCCCGCAUCCACGUCCGUACGGUCUUCAAGGAGUGCUGUGAACCCGUAUACGACAUUGAAGACAGUGUCACCCUUGCGAAAUGUCUUGACGGCGCAAUCGUUGGCUUGCACUAUCUACGACAAGCAGGGUUUGUUCAUCGGGACAUUAGUGGCGGCAAUAUUCUCUGGUACGCUCCGGAACGAUCAGAAGAUACGACGGCGGUCAAGGCCGCAGGCAUAGGAAAGAUCGCUGAUCUUGAAUACUGCCGGCCGUACGAGGACAGCAAGCCCAACGAACAUAUAACGGGCACACCGUAUUUUCUACCCACCGAAUACUCAACACAAACCUAUCAAUUCUUUCCUCCUGAAAACGACGGCCCCGCCCAGAAAGUCAGCUUCAACUUCUACCACGCCCUUGAGUCUCUCAUUUGGGUGUAUGUUUGGUUCCUCUUCAACCAUGUCCCCACGUCCCUCCUAGUUGCGGAUAAAGGCUUCCAGAAAGCUGCUAAAUCUCUCCGGGCCUCUGCCUCUCGCUGGUUUGCUUCCGUAGAUAACAUGGCACGGUUUGAUGUGAUUAAAGGGGGUUGCCACGAGGAAUGGCGCGAACUGAGGGAAUUCUGGGCGAUGACUGGGUCAUUCCCCGCCCCCUUUUUGGAGGAAGUCCGGCCAGUGGUCAUCCGACAAUCUUUUGCUUCCGCGCAAAGAGAACUGCAGAAGCAGGAACCAGAUAAACAUACCCGUCGUUGGCCUCGCGAGUUUUUCAAGGACACCCCAUACACUGGCUUUCGGGACUACAUUGCAACGCACUUCGAGAGUCUCACCUCUCUCCCGGUCAUGAGCCUUUCUGAAAUCAUCAAGCCAGAGUCAGAGGGAGGUGUCCUGAGGAAGGGAUCGCCGGUGCCUGACCUUUCACCGAUACUAGAUACUGAGAACGAGGAUCACGAAGAUGACGGUACCGCAGCUGAGUACUAG